UCAAUAAAGGAAAAGGAGAUAUAACUUUGGUAGUAAUUCCAUUGCCUCAUACAAGCACUUUUCUCUGAAACCUAAAGAAUGAACAAACUGUACAGACCUUUCUGGAGUACUGCCAGAUCACUUCUGACAGGAAAACUCAGCUGUGUUUUCUGCUCAUGUGGGUAUUGUUGCUAUGUGGAAAGUUCAAGACCAGCAGUUGGAAAUGUGUCGAAAUACUGUGGAAGGUUAUUGUAUUUCAAAGGGUGAAGUUUUUAUUCUAAAUCACUAACUGCCAUUUAAUUCAACCUGGUUGGAAGAGUACACAGUUCCUUCAACUGAUCACAGAAUCAUUAAGGUUGGAAAAGACCUCUAAAACCACUAAGUCCAACCCCAGCCCACUCUCCUGCCCCAUGCCCACAUCCCUCAGUGUCACAUCUCUGUUGUUCUCCAACACCUCAGUUCAUGGUGGACUUACCUUCAGAAUCCAUGAGUUUUGUUUAACUCUGCUGACAUACCAGCUGUCAAGCCAACCAUGUCCUCACUAAUGGGUGUGCCAAGUGAGGCAAGUAGGGGUUUAUUUCUUUUGAUGAGGAAAAAAACCCCAGAAUCUCCACUAAGUCAUUUUGAGCUCCAGAAUAAUGUUUUACAAAGGAGGCAGAGAGGGUGGGAGAAAAAGAAGGAGAAAAAUACUCAUGCAUGAAAAAAAAAUGCAGCAGCCUUAGAAAAAGGGGAAAGCACUUACUAGGGGAAAGCAUAUUUAAUAGAUGUACAUCAUCAUUAUCAAAUAAUUGGCAGUGAAGAAACCUGAAUUCUCUAUGCCAGCCUUGGUGAUGGAUAGAUCUUUUCCUAGCAAACCAGUCUCACAAGUAUUUAUAUAUGUACAUAAUCUCACGUGGAUAGCACAGGUGACUGAAGCUGUGGUAGCGUGGAAGUGUUUGCAAGAUCAUGCAGAGUUGAAAUGAUAUCAUGUAUAUACUUGAGGUUUGGUUAACACUUCAGUUUGUAUAAAUAUAGAAUCAUUUGGAAGGGCUCUUGAAGGUCAUCAAGUCCAGCUCCCCAGCUCUACAUUUUAGACUAAUCAGUGUAAAAAUUAUUUUAUGCACACUGUUAGCCCAUCAAUGCAUUAUUUUUAAGGUUUUGGAAAUGGGUGUUCUGUGAGCAUGCACUUGUCUUCCUGUGUUGUCUGGAACUCUGUUCUGAUACGUGCUGGCAACAGUUAUUGAGUGGUAUUUAUAGCUUUGUUUUGUUCUCUACUGGAAAGACUAAUCUCUCAGAAGCUCCAUUCCAGCACCUCAGAUUAAUUGUCUACAAAUUAACUUCAAAAAAUUCUAGUGCAGGAGUUGUUUUGUUGCAGGAAGUAUCCCAGCUGAGAUAAGGGUGCUGUAUAGAUAGCAAAAAGGAGCAAGGGGCAAGGGAUGGUCCUCUUUGUACGAGUCAGCAAAAGAUGGCUGUGAGCAGCUCCAAGAAGAAGAAUACAUACUGAUAAAGUCAAGAAAAAAAACAAUACGAACAAAAAACCCUGCCUACUUGUGGUAUUUUCAUGUAAUAGAUCUGUACAGCUCGCACUCAGUGUUGCUUAUUCUACAUUUUGUGAUAUAGAUAGAACUAUGGAAAGCAGGGAUACGGACAACAGAAAUCUUUUUUAAUGAACGUGGUUGGCAUACAAGUGUAACAAAAUACCAUGAGCUUUAAGCAGAUGGCUAUUUCACAUCAGCAAUCAAUAUAUCUACAUCAAUGCCUUUAUUACACUGCCAAUUUAUUAUGACCUCUUAAGAAUGUUUAUCUUUGGUAUGACUAAAUGAAUGCUUAUUUCAGGUCACUGUAUCCCUGUUCUGCAUCAAAACUUUUUAUAUCAGAAGCAGUAUCAUUUCAAUCAACUAAAAGCAUCUCUCUAAAAUAUCACACCACAAAAGAUUCCCAAGGGAUGCAACUGUCAACAAACACAAAGUUUAAAUGUUUGUAUCACACUAGAGGUUUAUGAGGAAGUCUUUGCAUUUGCCCCCACUGAGGUAUAAGCCUUAUAUUAGUUUAAGUUUGUUAAUAACAAGGUUUUGGCAGUGGCACAGUUAGUUUAUAGCAAUGGUCCUAGCCAAAGUAUCCAUACAAAAUCUCAAACUCAUGCGCUGAUUUCAGUUGAGUAGGUGUCAAAAAAAUCUGAUUAUGGGUUAGAGUUAAUUAUUAAAGAACAUACUUAAAGACUUAAACUCGGUUCAUUUGAACAUAAAGUAACAGAUUUGCCUGUGUUUUGUAAUUGGUUAUGAAUUGUCUUCUUGGAUUAUCUUGACAAAAAUCUGGGUAAACAGAAUGGUAAUGGAUCGGUAACUCUGCAAGAACACAUCUUAUUAUAGAUACUGAAGUUGGAAAGCCAAAUACAAGAGCAAAAUCUGUCUAAAAACAGAUAACUUCUGCUCCCACUCGUUCCAUGCCAAUUCCCUAAUUAACAAUUAAGACUGGGAUUAACUCUGACUUCAAAUGAAAUUCUCAUCUAAGAAGCUGUCUGAAGAAAAGUGAGAGCCAAAACUGUUUCUAUGUCAAAGAAAAGAAAAGAAAAGAAAAGAAAAGAAAAGAAAAGAAAAGAAAAGAAAAGAAAAGAAAAGAAAAGAAAAGAAAAGAAAAGAAAAGAAAAAGAAAAGAAGACAGACUAACAUAGUCCACCAGCUGCUACAUCUGUCAGAAUUAUAAACACAUUCAGCAGCAGAAUGGAACAGAAUCAUUUCUAAAAGUUGUUCAGCAGAACCAUGAUUUCAAAACUCAAGCAGCUUGACAUCUCUUCUUCCUGUUUUAACUUCACACUGAGAUGCAGGCAUACACAGAGAACAACAUGGAUAUAAGAAAGGAGACAGCGGCUGAGGAUGAUGGAGACAGCGGAGGAGAAAGCUCGGCCCAGCACCAGGAUGUGUUCCCCCCACUGCUGCCCACCCCGGCUGCUGCUGCUGCUGACAGGGACCCUGAUGCCGAUGGUGCACUCGUAUGGCUUUCGCAACUGCAUCGAGGAUGUCAAGGUACCUUUCCACUUCCGCUGCAUCCAGCGCUUUCUGGAGUCACCGGCCCCAGCAGUGUCUGACCUGCCACCACAUGCCACCGCACUCAAUCUGUCAUACAACAUCAUGCGCUGCCUGCAGCCCUCUGCCUUUGCCCGCCUGCCACAGCUGCAGACCCUGGGUCUGGCCUAUAACAAACUGGAGACCCUCUCCCCUGGUGCCUUCAAUGGGCUGGGUGUGCUGAAUGUGCUGGACCUGUCUCACAACCAGCUGACCACACUCGCUGAAGGGGUGUUCAACAGCUUGGGCAACCUGUCCUCGCUGCUGGUACAACACAACCCCCUGCGCACGGUGUCACCAAGUGCUCUGCUCCCCCUGGUCAGCCUGCGCCUCCUGUCUCUGCGGGGUGGGCGGCUGAGCGGGUUGGGGCCGGUGGCAGCAGCAGUGCAGGGACUGGCACAGCUGGAGCUGUUGGACCUAUGUGCAAACAACCUGACAACGCUGGGGCCAGGCCCACCGCUACCCGCCUCGCUGCUCACUCUGCAGCUGUGCAACAACUCGCUGGGGGAGUUAGCGGGGGGCAGCCCGGAGAUGCUGAGUCAUGUGAAGGUACUCGACCUCUCCUACAACAAUAUCUCACGGGCAGAGGCCUUCACCCAGCUCGACCUGCACAACAUCAGCCUGCUCCACCUGAUGGGCAACCCCUUGGAUGUCUUCCACCUGUUGGACAUCUCUGAUAUCCGACCUCGCAACCUGGAUUUCUCUGGGCUGGUGUUGGGAGCUCAGGGGCUGAACAAGGUGUGCCUAAAGCUGCAGGGUCCCCAGGCCUUGCAGCGGCUGCAGCUACAACGCAACGGGCUGAAAGAGCUGCGGAGUCAUGAGCUGGAGUCGUGUCCUGUGCUGCGAGAGCUGGACCUGUCCUGGAAUCGGCUGCAGCAGGUGGGCUGUGCCAGCCGUCUGCUGGGCAAGAAGCAGUGGGAGGAGCUGGAAGUGCUGACAGUGGAGCACAACCUGCUGAAGAAACUGCCGUCUUGCCUGGAGGCCCAGGUGCUGCCACGGCUGCACAACAUUUCCUUCCGCUUUAACCGCAUCCUGACUGUCGGGCCAAGUGCCUUCGCCUACGCCCCGGCCCUGCGGGUGUUGUGGCUCAAUAUUAACAGCCUGGUGUGGCUGGACAAGCAGGCGCUGUGGGGGCUGCACAACCUGACAGAGCUGCGCCUGGACAACAACCUGCUGACCGACCUCUACGGCACCUCCUUCGCUCACCUCUGCAGCCUGCGCACCCUCAACCUGCGCAACAACCGUGUCUCUGUCCUCUUCGCUGGUGUCUUCCAGGGGCUGUCCAAACUGCAGACGCUGGAUUUAGGGGGCAACAACUUGCGCCACCUGGCCGCACAGUCACUGCAGGGGCUGCCCAAACUGCGCCGGCUGUACCUGGACCGUAACAGACUGCUGGAGGUGAGCAGCACUGUGUUCGCCCCAGUGCAGGCUACCCUGGGGGUGCUGGACCUGCAGGCCAACAACCUGCAGUACAUCUCACAGUGGCUGCGCAAGCCACCGCCCUUCCACAACCUGAGCAAGCUGUAUGACCUGAAGCUGCAAGCGCAGCAGCCCUAUGGGCUGAAGAUGCUGCCUCACCACUUCUUCCAGGGCUUGGUGGAGCUGCAGCGGCUGUCACUGUCACGGAACAUGCUGCGGGCCAUCCCACCGGAUGUCUUUGAGGACCUGGGCAAGCUGCGCUCCCUGACACUGGCUGACAGCAGCAAUGGGAUACAUGACCUGCCUGACGGUGUCUUCAGAAACCUGGGCAACCUGCAGUUCCUGGACCUGGAGAAUGUAGGGCUGCACUCGCUCACUCUGGAGGUCUUUGGCAACCUCAGCAAGCUGAAGGUGCUGCGUUUGGCCAGAAACGAGCUGAAGACCUUCAAUGACAGCGUUGCCAGCCAGCUGCCUUCCUUGCGCUACCUGGACCUGCGCAAGUGUCCACUCAGCUGCACCUGUGACAACACAUGGCUGCAGCGCUGGCUGAACAACAGCCGUGUGCAGGUUGUCUACCCCUACAACUACACCUGCGGCUCACAGCACAAUGCCUACAUCCACAGCUUUGACACUCGCGUCUGCUUCCUGGACCUGGGGCUCUAUCUCUUUGCUGGGACUGCACCGGCAGUGCUGCUGCUGCUGGUGGUGCCGGUGGUGUACCACCGAACCUACUGGAAGCUGAAGUACCACUGGUACCUGCUGCGGUGUUGGGUCAACCAGCGAUGGCGGCGGGAGGAAAAGCGCUACCUCUACGACGGCUUUGUGUCCUACAAUUCAGCUGAUGAAAGCUGGGUGUUGCAGAAGCUGGUGCCUGAGCUGGAGCGUGGUGCCUUCCGACUCUGCUUGCACCACCGCGACUUCCAGCCGGGCCGCAGCAUCAUUGACAACAUCGUGGAUGCUGUCUACAACAGCCGGAAGACAGUGUGCGUGGUGAGCCGCAACUACCUGCGCAGCGAGUGGUGCUCUCUGGAGGUGCAGCUGGCCAGCUACCGGCUGUUGGAUGAGCGGCGUGACAUCCUGGUUCUGGUGCUGCUGGAGGACGUGGCUGAUGCUGAGCUGUCUGCCUACCACCGCAUGCGGCGGGUGCUGCUGCAGCGCACCUACUUGCGCUGGCCUCUUGACCCCCCAGCCCAGCCACUCUUUUGGGCACGGCUGAAGAGGGCACUGAGGUGGGGGGAGGGAGAAGAGGAGGAGGAAGAGGAAGGCUUGGGUGGAGGGGCAGAAAGGCCCAGGGAGGGAGACAAACAAGUGUAGGGAGGGUGUCAGCUGGCUGCAGGAUGGAGGAAAAUCAACUGUAGGGUGGAGGACAACAGCUGGCCAAAGUGCGACAGGGAACCAUCCAUAGAGUGGAGGACAACCGGCCAAAGGGUGGAGGAGAGCCAGUGAUAGGGUGGAUAGCAACUAUCCAUAUGGAGGAUGACAACCAGCUGUAGGAUGGAAUGUAACAGCUGCCCAUACAAAAGACUACAGUUGACCAUAGCGUUGAGGAGAACCAGCUAUCAGAUGGAGGACAACUGAUCAUAGGGUGGAUGACAACUAGCUGUAGAUGGGAGGAAAACUGUGAGAUGGAGGACAGCCAACUGCAGGGCAGAGGACAGAGGGCCAUAGAGAAGAAAGUAACUGGCUGUGCAGAGGAAGAGAAGAUACCACAGAACCACAACAGGGCUUUUCUCAUCCCAAAAUAUCAGGGUCCCCUCCCAAGCGACAUCAGAAUGUCCUGUCUCACACCAAGUACCCAGAUCUGCCAAUUCAGAUGUCUCUACUCAGUCAAAAUCAUUAAGUACUGUAGAAUUAGAUUCUGUGAUUCCCCUCCAAAAAGGCCCAAGAACAACUUUCCUCACUUUAGACUGUUCCCCUCCAAAAGGACCUCAAACUGGCUUUUCUUGCCUCAAGACGCUUGUACCCAUCCCAAAGGUCCCCAAAAGUGCUUUUCUCCCCCAGAGCAGAGUUUCUGGGAUCCCACAAGGUGUUGCCACCCUUGGGCUCUGUUGUGCACAGAGAGGGGUCCCCAAUAAAGCAAAGUCCCCCCUGCUUCACUUGUCCCUCGCUAUGGUCAUAUGUGGGGUGAGGUGGGAUGGCAUUUUAUGGGGCCGGACCAUGGCACAGUCUGAUGAGGGGGGCACCAUCUCUGAGUUCUUUUUGUCCAUUUUUGGGGAUUCUGACUGCAAAAUGGGGGGAAAACAGAUUUUGAGCAAAGAACGGGCUGAGGUGGGAAAGCCCAGGAGGUCUCAAACUCUCCCAAACCCUCUCAGUAUCACCAGAGCCCCGUCCCUCCGUGCCACAUCCCCACGGCUCUUGGAUGCCUGCAGGGAUGGUGAUUCUCCAGCUCCUUGGGCAGCUGUGCCACUGCCUCACUGCUUUCUAGGAGCACAAAUUGUUCCUGUUACCCAACCUGGACACAGGACGUGGCUGCCAGCAGGUCACACUGUUACCAUUACUCACUUGGUAACUACUGAGUGAUGAGGAAGUGAUUUAGAAGAAAGACAGGGAAGGGGAGUCAACCAGGACACAUGGGAGAAACAAAGGGAAAAUGAAUGGGAGGAAGAAAGAAGACAAAGUGAGACUCUUUGCAGCUGUGCCAAGGCAAGGGACAAGAGGAGAGGACACACUGAAAUACAGGAGCUUCAUUCACGUGGUCACACACUGGAACAGGAUGCCCAAAGAGGCUGGAAAAGCUCCAUCUCUGGAUAUCCAAAUACGGGAUGCGGUUCCUGAGCCACCUCCGAGUUGACCCGUUUUGGGAGGGGAGUGUGACCAGGUGAUGGUGUCCUGAGGUGGUUUACAGCUAUGCUGUAAAUACGUAAACAAAAGCUGGAUGCAGAACCAUUGGCUUUACAUCUUUCCUUGCACAGUGAUGGUUUCUGAGGGUUUUGGGGCUGCUUUCCAGGAAACCCCAGCGCAGCAGUGGGACCUCAGCACGGCCAGGUGAAACUGUGGGACUCCUGAAGCAGUGGGACGUGAGAGGAGCGUUCCCAGGGCACCCAUGGCCUCGUGCUGGAGGAAGGGGCAGGAAGGAGGGCAGAACAGAACCAGAACCAGAACAGAAGCAGGAGCAGACACUGCCACCUCAGCCAGCUGUGAAGGGCUCCCAGGCUGCCCACCCAGAUCUUGCUUCCAGGUUGAACUCAGCACAUGAGAAAAGCACAGCAGAUUCUUAUCAUCUUUAUUAAUAGUUGUUUGUGUUUGUUUGUUUUUUCCAAUACAGUAAAUCCUCUCUACAGCGACAGGUUAGUUAAAUCUGGUUUACAUAUUGCCGUCCUGUGUGAGAACCGCAGCCUCAACACCACUGUGAGAAAACCAGGUUGCGCUCAGACAGGGAAAGGGAGGAAAACGCAUUCAAUUCUGAUGUGACCAGGAAAAGAGGAGAACCAAUGAGAUCAAAAGAACAAA